AUGUAAAAAUUGUAUAUUAAGUUUAACUAAUUAAUCAAAAAUCUAGAUUUAUUUGGAUAACCAAUAGGCCUUCACAUGAAUGAUUCAUUAUUUUUUAAAACUGGAUUCGGUGGUUUUAUGUCACUAAUAUCAAUAACAUUAGUAUUAUUAUUUUUCAACUCAAGUAUCAAUUUAUUUAUAAAUAAAGAAGAAGUAUUAGUAAAAUAAGAUCGUAGAUAUUCAAUCGAUCCAUUCAAAUCAUAAUUAAAUACAGAUAGAUUUAUGUUUAUGACCAGUAUACUUCCCCAAACAAGCACUUUAUAAUUUUUAAAAAAUCCAUAUUUUAAUAUUACUAUGGAAUAAGUAUCAGUAGUUCGUGAAGGAAGUACACGUAAAAGGAAAUCAUAUUAUAUAGAACUAGAGCCUUGCUAGGAUUAUCAUUUCGAAAAUUUAAAUUCAGAAACGGAUUUUGUAUAAAUAUACAAGCAAUUUGGAACAGACUUUUUAUGCCCAACUUUAAAAUCAAUAAUGUUUAUAGAAGGUUUAUUUUAAUCAAGCACGUUUUCCUAUAUAUCAUUAAAAGUAGUUCCUUGUCAAGAAAGUAGUGAUUAAAAUAGAAAAUGGAUACCCUAGUCUUGCGCUACAAAAGAAUAAAUUUAAAAUGUUAUCUAAUAAAAGGGUUUUCAUGCAAUAGGAUUUUAUCAUACUAAUUUUGUAUUAAAUCCUGAUAAAUCUAAAAAUUAUUUUACAAAUUAUAUAAGCGAUAAACUUUAUUUCACUUUCGUACCUAAAUAAAUGGCUAAAGUAGUAGAUAUAUACUUUUAAGAUAUUGAAGUUAAUACUGAUUAAUCGCUUAUUCCUUUUAAAAAAAUAGAGUCUCAGUUUUUUUUAACCUAAGAGAGUAAUGAUAUUAGAGAAACAACAGAAUUAGGAAGAGAAGAUACAGCUUUUGUAACUUUAACUUUAAGGAAAAGUCCUUAUGUUACCAAAAUUAAUAGAAGCUUUAAAAAAAUUUCGUAAUUAAUGAGUGAAUUAGGUGGUUUUAUUUAAAUUAUUUUCGCUGCAACUCGAAUUUUGAUGAUGAAUACACAUGAAGAUAACCCAUAAUUAAGCGAAAUCGAAUAAAUAUCAAAUAAAUAAGAAGAAAUAAAGAAAUUAAAUUUAGUAAAAUAUGAUUAAUUAGAAUUAAGAAAAUAAAAAAUGGAUUUUAUGCUUGCUUAAUAAAUAUUUAAAAGAUAAAUUAUGUGGAACAUAUAAAAAUGA